CUCGCGCCGCCGCCUCAGCCCGCGCCGCCCGCACACACCCACCCGCCCGGCUCCGCAUCCCGCCGCCGCGCCGCGCCUCGCAGCAUGGUCAUCAAAGUCUACAUCGCCUCGUCCUCCGGCUCCACGGCGAUUAAAAAGCAACAACAAGAUGUAUUAGGUUUCUUGGAAGCCAACAAAAUCGAAUUUGAGGAGAAGGAUAUUGCAGCGAAUGAGGAGAACCGGAAAUGGAUGAGGGAGAACGUCCCCGAAGACAGCCGGCCAGCGAGCGGGAAUCCCCUGCCGCCCCGACUCUUCAACGACAGCCGGUACCUUGGGGAUUAUGAAGCUUUCUUUGAAGCCCGAGAGAACAACGCAGUCUAUGCAUUUUUAGGCUUGACUGCACCACCUGGUUCAAAGGAAGCCGAAGCACUGGCAAAGCAGCAAGCAUGAAUUUCAACUGCCUUAAAUGCUCUGUAAAGGGAAUUUCCACAGCUUUUUAUAAAAUAGUAAAAUUGUCUCUGCUUCGAGAAAAAUAGAUGUGAUUUUCUAACGUUUGAUUGGUGCUUGCAGCAUUCACAGUACAUUAAUACAGAUUUGAACACAAGGCGAAAAUGUGAACAUAAAGGUAGAAGGCAUGGAGUGUGUUAUUACGAAGUCGGAAGCAUAGGAAAUUGAAGCAAUUAGACAUGAUUGAUUUUUCAAAUAGUUUAAACACUCUUGGCAAUUUGUCCAUUUUGUGUAAACUUGAAGAAACUAUUUUAGUACUUCUAAUGCAGAUAUGGUUAUACCUAGAUAUCCAACUAUUUAAAAAUACGGAAAACAAGCAACAGCAUUAAGUCUGAUCAGAUACUAAUUUUAGUGCCUGAGUUGCCUCAAAAAUAUUACUGAAAUAAACAGUAAUUUUUCAGUGUCUUUUUAGAUUCUGGUUUAAGAUGAAAUUGUAGGUGGUGGUGUGUAGUAAAGUAACCAUUGUAGUCACUUUUGGAAUUGGUGUUUGUUCUUUUUUAGAGUGGAUAUUUAAGAGUGUAUUGUAACACGCUGUACAGGUGACAAAAAAUGCCAUGUAUUUCUCAUUUAAGUGAUCUAUGUGGGCUCUUCCUACAAGGAAAAGGGGAUUUGGGCAAUGGACAGCCUUUCCAUUGGCAAGUUGACCACAUAGCUGCCUAGGCACAGCUUUUUCCAUGUUUGUGUGCAAGACUCAGUGCACCUCCGUGAAAUACACGCUAAUUCCCAGGCAGUGUUGCAAAUAAGCCAAAACGGCCAGAAAUGCCAUUUCCUUACCAGUGUAAGGGUGAAAGCCUUUAAUGUAAUUCUUUACAAAAAUAUCAGUUCACACUGCUUAUAGUACUAGAUAUCUCAGUGCAUGUCCUGGUAGUAAUUAGUUGCAUAUGUUAUUUUUUCAAAUGAGGAAGAAAAGCUAAAUGUUUGAAUAGCAAGAACUAUUGUAAUUGAGCAGGACUUUUUUUUAAAGGUUUAAAAACUUACUUCUAUUGCUAUUGCCAUAUUAUGAAGCUAUUACAGGAAUUGCAAACCUAUUUAAAGUGUCUUGUAUUGGUCAAUUUACCAUGUGCAAUAUUAGCCUGUCCAUUCUCCCAGUGCUCAUCAGAUAGUCUGUAUUUCUUGGCCAUAUUCUGCAAAAAUAUAAAUAACUACAAGUGUCCUGAACAGUAAGAAACAUGUGUGGGUAACUUAAAAUGCAUUUUGUACCACAUAAGGUACUUAUUCCCCAAAAGCAACAGAGGAUAGUGAGAAAGAUGAUUAGUCCUUGUAUAGUUAGAGGAUCAUUCUAGAGGAUAGCUCUGCACACGCACAUUUUAAUUUUCUUUGCUUUUUGAAGGUAGAGAAACAGGUAGUAUAGAUCAGCAAAAGGCUGCAGCAUAUCAUCACAGUGCAGUUACUUUCACUGAGGCUGUAAAGCAAUGCUUUUAAAGUACUUUCUAAAGCAGUUUACAGCUUACAAAGUCUGAAAUUAGGAACAGGACAAAAGUAAAAAUUUAUGUUUACAAACACUCUGAAGUGCAGUAAUUCAGUACUUCUAUCCCCAACAUUUGUUUGGAGCUUUUGUUCCAUUUACUACAACUAACGAUUUUGUCAGCAUCCAUUGGAAGAGAAAUGCAGCUACUUGCUUUUGGUUGGAGAAAGUUCUUCUAGAGAAGUUCGUGUUAAAACUUCCACAGAUGUCAGUGGACAGGAUCUAGUGUGAAGCCAAGGUAGUUAAAAUCUUUUUUGGUCAUGUUUUAUUUUUCUGCUUUGGGGUCCUGGGCAUAGGUGUUUGAAGCUUGUGCUUAUAAAAACAAGAACAGUAUCAAAAUACAUAGGGGUAUAUUAACAUUGCCUCACCUUCAAGAUUAACACAUGCAUUUGUGCUUUCUUGUUAACAGGCUUUAUCAGUAAUUGCUGAAAUUUUGUGGAAUUUGUUUUUAGGAUCUUUUAGGGGCAGAAGGUGGGUUACAUCUUGCAUCUAAUGUCUAAUUUUAAUCAUUCACUGUGAUUGCAUCAUUCUGAGCUGAGGUGAGCAUUCCUUCUUAAUAUUGGCAUAAUCAUUCUCUUUGUCUAAACCUACUGGUCAUGCUUUUGAGGAAGUCAGAAUACUAGGUGAAGGUUGGGAGGAAAGUGGAAUUUGAGACACAAGUCACUGUACUCAUGCUUAUUUGCUGUGUUUCCUGCUUAGGGAAAGUAUGGCAUAAGUUUUGUGCACUACAGUCACUAUUUUGGAGAAGCUGUAGUUGAAAGUGACUGCCAAAUUCCGUCAGUUCAGUGACCUAAAAUGUUCUGAAAAAAAGUCAACCUCUAUUUCUGAUGGUCAAGAAAAUCUCCAAGCUUAAGAAGGCAAAGCCAGUUCCCUCAUCUAGUCCCCGCAUCCUUGCCAUAUGGUAGCAUUCAAACUGUAUCUGCAUUCCUAAGAAAGCAGUGUCGAGACAGACUGAAUAAUUUCUUUGUCUGGGGAACAAGGCACCAACACAGACUGAAAAAUACCUAAAAUCUCUCUGUUGUGGGCUGUGUAAAACUUGUAUUUGUUUUGAUGAAGACUUUUUGCAUGAAGUAGGAGUGGUAGGGAUGUGUUCCCUUUAUGCUGCUUCUCUGGUUCAUAUACAUGUUCUUACGUUAAUGAUGGGUGCAACAACUGAAUUUGUUCAUUGUCUGUAUUUUUUCCUAUGUAGAAGGCAGGCAAUAAGUAUUUAAACUGUAUAUUAACCAUUCCUGAAUCAUUCCAAUAAAAUUGUUUCAGAAUGCUUUCUCACA